AUGGGAGGGUCUGCCAGCAAAAAUAUGGAGUAUUAUAAUUACGCGAGUAUGAAACUACUCGAUUCAGAAAGAUUAGAAACUGAAGAAGAGAUAUAUUUUAAAGAAAGUGAUAUACAACUGAUUGUUAAAAAAGCAAGAGAGAUACGGAAUUGUAGUUAUAAUGACUCCUUAGAUUUGUAUUUGAAAGCAUUGAAAAUUUUAAAAAAAAUGAAAGACAGUAAUGCAAAAAUAUAUAAAAAUAUUGUAGAAUUUGAAUUAAGGCCGCAAGAAAUAGUUCAAAAUAAUUCUGUGAAUUCUAAUUGGAAAGGAAACAAUAAUGAAGAAACAUGUACAGACUAUCCAUCAUCAAAUUAUCACAAUGAUGAGAAUAAAAACGUUACUAUAAAUAAAAAAAUUGCAUCAGUGUAUAAUGAAAUUGCGGAUCUAUGUUGUAUACAUGAUUUUAUAGAUAAAUCUUUAUUCUAUUAUGACAAGGCUAUUUCUUACAAUCCAUCCAAAAUUGAAUAUAUAUAUAAAAAAGGAGUUUUAUAUCAACAAAUGAAUGAUACAGAAAAAGCUAUAAAUACAUUUAAACUAAUUCUUUCCUCGGAUCCGAAUAAUAUACCUACCUUGUUCUCUUUAGGUAAUCUAUAUAGAUAUAUUGAUAGCAAUAUUGCCCUAUCGCAUUUUGAAGCAAUACUUAAAAAGGAACCAAAUAAUACGGAAGUAUUAUCUUUAAUUGCAUCUUGUUAUGAUGACCUUGGUAGGAUAAAUGAAGCUAUCACUUUCCAGAAUAAGGCUGUGCAGAUAAACCCGGACAACUUCAAUCAUAAGAAGUUUGCGCAGAAGCUUAUAGAGAUGAAGUUGCAGCAUUGA